AUGGAACAAGCUCUCGAUGAAAAUGUAUCAGAUACAGAAGAAGAUACUUUUUUCCAAGAUGUUGAUAUAUUACAAAAGCAUGGCAUAAAUGUAGCCGAUAUUAAAAAACUGAAAACAGCUGGCAUUUGUACCAUCAAAGGUAUUCAAAUGUCCACGAAGAAAAAACUAUGUAAUAUAAAAGGUUUUUCAGAUGCAAAAGUAGACAAAAUUAAAGAAGCAUGUCAAAAGGUUGUUACUCUUGGCUUCAUGACUGCUUUAGAAGUAAGCGAUAAACGAAAGCAAGUAUUUAAAAUUAGUACGGGAAGUAGCGAAUUAGAUAAACUGUUGGCUGGUGGAAUAGAGUCAAUGGCAAUAACAGAAGUGUUCGGAGAGUUUCGUACAGGGAAGACCCAGUUGUCUCACACUCUAUGUGUGACCACACAGAUACCUACGCCCAGCGGCUACCACGGAGGGAAGGUUAUGUUCCUAGAUACCGAACAUACGUUUCGCCCCGACAGACUUCGUCCUAUUGCUGACAGAUUCAACUUGGACCAGAAUGCUGUCCUAGAUAAUGUCCUCUACGCUAGAGCUUACACAUCAGAGCAUCAGGCCGAGCUCCUAGACUACGUGGCAGCGAAGUUUCACGAAGAGGGCGGGGUCUUCAAACUGCUGAUCAUCGACUCCAUCAUGGCGUUGUUUAGAGUGGACUUCUCCGGGCGCGGGGAGCUCGCUGACCGCCAACAGAAGUUAGCGCAAGUCCUGUCACGACUGCAGAAGAUAUCCGAGGAAUACAAUGUAGCCGUAUUCAUUACAAACCAGAUGACCGCCGAUCCAGGAGCCACGCUAUCCUUUCAAGUAGACCCAAAGAAGCCAAUUGGGGGAAAUAUCCUCGCUCACGCAUCAACCACCAGAAUUUCUUUAAGAAAGGGAAGAGGAGAAAACCGAAUUGCGAAGAUCUACGACUCUCCUGAUUUGCCUGAAAGCGAGGCCACCUUUGCUAUUACCAGUGGAGGAGUAUCAGAUGCAAAAGACUGAAUAUUUAUAUUAAUAAAUAAGCAUAUGAUAUUAUUAAAGGUCUGUUUGUACUUA